CAUAAACAAGGAAGUAAUAUACCCAAAGUCUUGAAUCUUGAUAGCAAUUAAAAUUCCACCCAAAAUUUCCAUUAAAACCACUAUAAAAUGCCAUGAGAGCACAUUGAGAACUUCCAUAAAGGAUAAGACAAAAACAAAAAGGGCACAACACAAGCAAAAACAUGAAAAUUUCCUAAAAGGUCAGGGUUUCGAAUCCCACUUAUACCACGUCUGGCAGAUGGGUUGGCAAAUUCAAACAUAUCAAGAGAAAUGGAUUCAUUUUAGUUCAAUGAAAUAAUAAUGUAUUAUUCAUCACCAGAAAAUUUGACGCUUAGUUCUUCUUCAUAUGGAUCCAGGGACUGGUGUAAUCGUAGUGUAUAAAUAAUCUCAGUUCCACUUGGACAAUAAUUGCAACCGUUUCAAGUUUUCUAUACCCAAGCAUGCAUGAAAUUUGGGGAUAAGGAGCAUGACAUCCACGCUCUGACUUUAUUCGCCACCAUGAGGGUUUUGCCAUUGCAUGUCUCAUAAUCAUCUUCAACUUUUUAUGAACACAAGGAAAUUCUUCAUCUUCUAAACCAUUAAAACAUUUUAGCAUUUUCAUCACUAUGAGCAACUUAGUUGUGAAAACAGAGAAACAUCCACAUAAAAAUAUUUCAAUAACACCAUCAAAAGAAAAACUUUUGAUAUAUUUCCUAUGCAUUUUUGUAGUCAUUUUGAUUGUUUUCCAAGUUCAACUUCUUGUAACUCCAUCUUCAAUUACUUCUUAUUUCUCUUUAUCCCAUCAAUGGGGUAAACUAGCUAACAGUGAUUUGUACUUAAACUGUUCGGAAGAACUCAAAUCAAUGGCGUCUAGAAUACGUCAAUCCAUAACGUUUCUUCCGUUGAAGGAUUUGAGAUAUUCUCAAACAGCUCAUCAAGGUCAUACUUGGUUCAUGUCUUCCAUGUAUGAUACACAUGAAGAAGGUGAAGUUCAGUACCAGAAAUUCCCAUCAAAUGCAUCAAAAGGAAAAUUACUUUGUAUAAUGGGACGUGAUGGUCACGACGGAUCAUGGAAUUCUUACGCCUUAGCUUUUCCUGAUGCGUUUCCAGAAAAUGCUACAUUUUUUAAGGGACUAACAUUUGUUUCAUAUAAUCAUUAUAAUUAUGGUAAUAUUUGGCAUGGGUUAUCAGCCCUUUUUCCAUUUGUAGCUUGGCAUAGAAGAGUCGGUGAGUGCUCGUUACCCGCACGAUGGAUUUUGUAUCAUUGGGGUGAACUUAGGAGGGAUAUGAGUGUUUGGUUAAAAACAUUGCUGAAAGCUAGUUUUAAUGGUGAAGUUCAUAUUGAGGCAUUUGACGGGUUGAAGAAUGACGAACCGGCUUGUUUCGAAGAAGCUGUUGUUAUGAGACAUAAUGAAGGUGGAAUGUCUAGGGAGAGAAGAAUUGAAGUUUAUGAUUUGUUGAGGUGCAAAGCUAGGGUGCACUGUAAUGUGAGUUUGGAACGAACGGAUUCACAAAUCCGGUUAACGAUGUUUAUGAGAACCGGAGCAAGAUCGUUUAGAAAUCAGUCUGUGGUUAUUGAGAUAUUUGAAAGAGAAUGUGCAAAGAUUGAAGGUUGCAGAAUAAAAGUUGCUCACUCCAAUAACCUUACCUUUUGUGAGCAGGUAAAUUUGCAUCAGUACUAAUUCCGUUUCGACUCUUCUGUUCAUUCAUUCCUUCGUACAUUUGAAUCCUGCCAUAUAAUAUUGCCUGUUUGAGGAAUGCAUGAUUAAUAGAUUUUUGAUGCAGGUAAGUUUGAUGAGUUCCACGGAUAUCUUGGUAUCUCCGCACGGUGCACAGCUAACAAACAUGUUCUUCAUGGACAAGAAUAGCAGCGUAAUGGAAUUCUUCCCGAAGGGUUGGCUCAAACUAGCUGGUGUUGGGCAAUACGUUUAUCGCUGGAUAGCUAGUUGGUCCGGAAUGAAACAUCAAGGUGCAUGGAGAGAUCCUUAUCCGGACCCUGAUCAGCCAAAAUGUGAAUUCCAAGAAGAUGACCCCCGAUGUAUGAAGAUCUACAAAGGUGCAAAGAUCGGUUACAACGAGACAUUUUUCGCUGAAUGGGCUACGAAUGUACUUAAUGAAGUGAAGAAAAACAAACAAGAUCAUUCCUCAAAUAAAAUUCAUUUGGGGAUGGAUAAUAAGCUGCAACAACUUCAUGC